AUUGGAAAGGCCCCACAAAUCCUAAACAGUAUUCCCACAUCCUUCCUCAAAAGACGCCUUCUAGCGUGAAGUUGGUAACAUUGGAUGAUGUAAACAGUGGAUCAGCUGAUUUUGUCACUCCACAUUGUGAUUGAUUACAAUAUCUCAUCACGAUGAGUGUAAUGUGGUUACGCGAUCACCCAGGAUUAACCAUGAGCCUCUUCCUGGGUGUGGGAGUAACUGGAGGACUGGUAUACCACAGUCGCUCCAUUGCCCAGGCUGUCAAGUCAGCUAGGCUCAUGAGGUCAGUCAAGUCAGCCAGUAGAAAGGUAUACAUUGUCAACAGCGAGGAAAGCUGGUCACAAGUGUCUUCACUGCUUCUGAGAGAAGCAAGGUUGAAAGGAGCCAUAGGGUUUGACUGCGAGUGGGUUCAGGUGAGGGGGAAGCGACGGCCCGUGGCACUUCUGCAACUGGCAUCAUGCUCAGGAACAUGUGUGUUGGUCCGUCUGUUGCAGAUGAAGACCAGUAUACCACAGACACUUAAGGAGUUCUUAGCAGAUGAAACAAUUCUAAAAGUUGGAGUUGGUCCCAUGGAAGACAGUAAUUAUCUUGCUGCAGAUUAUAACAUACAGGUCAAAGGUUGUGUUGAUCUGCGGCACCUAGUCCUCAUGAGCCACACUUUGUCUCCGGAGCCAAAGUCUAAGUUGAAACCGAAGGGCAUGGGACUGAAUGCACUCUCACAAUAUUACCUCGAGCAAACCUUAGACAAAGACUGGAGGGUGCGAGCCAGUGACUGGGAGGCUGAGGAGCUCACACAGAGACAAAAGAACUAUGCUGCAGAGGAUGCCCUGGUGGGCAUACACAUCUUGGUAGCGCUGCUGCAAAAGCUUUGGAUACUUCAUUCACCUAUCAUCCCCUUCUUACCAUCGUUGCAUUGGCACAGGCACUUGUCCUCAUCAGUUCAACAGAUUUGCUUCCCUUUUGUUGAUCGAAAGUUUUCCAUGAACAAAAGUGAACAAAAUGGAGGAUCAAGUAGCUCUGGGCCACCAGCCAUUUCCCAGAAGGUGAAGCCUAUGACAAGGGCUUUCACCACCCGCAAGGGCCCUCUUUACCACAACUGCCAGCUUAGGGCCCCCGAUGAUCAACCCCUGUGUGUUUGUGACCCCAAAAAGGCAUGGUGGUAUGUAGAAAAGGGCCUUGGGGUUGUGGCCUCUGAAGAUCCCCUGGUGGUGAGACUGACCUUUGAGCCCUCAGGCCGACCACAGGUGGAGAGGGAAGAUGGCAGGUUCUACCUUCAGGAGCGACACAAUAUCUGUGUGGCAUGUGGCAAGGAUCAGUCAUAUAUCAGAAAGAAUGUUGUUCCUCAUGAAUACAGAAAGUACUUUCCUGACAUCUUGAAGGACCACCAGAGUCAUGAUGUUGUGCUCUUGUGCAUUGAGUGCCACAAGCUUAGCAACCUUCAUGAUCAGUCAUUCCGACACCAGUUAGCGAGAGAGUUUAGUGCCCCUAUUGGAACAGAACAAGAUGUCAAAGUCAGCAUUGACAGGUCCCGCAAAAUAGUAAGGAAUGCAGCCUCAGCAUUAGUAAAUAACAAAGAAAACAUACCUGAAGAGCGGAUUGCUGUUUUAGCAAAAAUAAUCAAAGAUUACUUCCAUACAGAAGAUUUGGAUGAUAAUUUUCUGAAAGACGUAGUUAAGAUGGACAUCAAGAUUUGGAAUGAUGACUACCAAUCACAUGGACACAAGGUCUAUGAAGGUUACGAGAAAGUUGGUGUGAUGAAGUUAGAGCAGAGGUGGCGGGAGCACUUUCUGUCCUCCAUGAAACCGCAGCAUAUGCCAGAGGGCUGGUCUGUCACACAUAACUUCUUCAAGAUGCAGCUCAAAGCAAGUCACUUCCCACCAGAUCACCCAGAGCGCAUGAAGUACAAGAUUGCAUUGGUUGGCACAGAAGGGGAACUUGAUAUUCCAUACAGUCCUCCAGUGAAAAGGGAGAACUCACCCUCAAGUUCAACUGAAUCACAAAGCAGAGAGGCAACACCUGAGAGGAUGUUUGUCUUACCUGCUCUUUCCUCAGGCGAUGAUAAGACUCUUUGUGUUGAGGGAGGAUGCUGAUUUUCCUAAUGUGGAGUUUCAUAAUUGUGAUAUUUCUCUAGACUUGGUUUAAAAUUAUCUAUCUCUUAUUUGUUUGGUAAUAUUUGAGUAAAAAGAAAAUAUAUUUGUUUCAUGAGUUUCAUAAGAUAAAAAUGAACUAGGCCAAGUUUUGUAAUAGGGUAACAUUUUAUGAUUUUUGAUAUACAACAAAUGGUUGGCUAACAUAGAAAUAGUAAUGAAGACAAGAGGUAUUAACCCUUUAAAGUCUGGAGUUUGUUUUGGAAGAGCACAACUGCUGUAUUUUCCCCCAAAUUUACUUGCUUUAAUUCCUAAUCUAUCCUUCCAAAUCCUAUAAACAUGCUGUCAUCAUAAAGUACUAUUCUUCUGGAACAAUAGAUUUUGGCUUGUUUUGGUUGAGAAGUAGCAGAUUGUUGAAGAAAAGCAGUAAAGUGCAUGCUUCCACCCAGCCACUGAAACCCAGUGCCUAAAGGUUUUUACUAAUAUACCAAGUGAAAUAUGUGGUCUGGAUUAAGUAUCAUCUUAGUUCUGGAUAUCUGUAUUCUGAACAGCAUUGCCUCCAUUGUGUUAGAGAUUUAAAAAUCAUCUAAUUGACCAACAGUAACCUACUUUAAUGAUAAUGCAAUACACAGAUCACAAAAUCAGAUAGGAUGGAUAUGACUGUUCUAUCAUGGGGAAACACUAAAGAUUCUUUCUAUAAUAAGGGGCAUAGGAAAGUAUCUUUGCGUUGAUUCAGAAUCUUGGUGCUAGUAAUUUUUCAAUCAGUAUGACUUCAAAUAACCAUGUUAAGAAUGCUCCAUCAUACAGCAGUAACAUAUUUGGCCAUUACAUUGCAUAUUACACUCCAUAAACAGGAACAUGAUUAAAUUUUUGUUUUAUGUCCAUCCCUUACUAAUACUCUCUGAUUCUUUUCAUAUUUAUCAUUAUCUCUUAUUUUUUACUCAUGUUCUUGUUAUGUUAUUCAUUUAUAUUUGGGCUUUAACAUCAACUGUCAUUGUAAAUCUUUCACAGGAGCAAACGAAAGUGGACAGACUGCUUCCUGUGUGAAACUGAAGUCAGCCUACCAACCACAUGUGGCACGCAGGACCCCACUCUAUCACUACAGCCAGAU